UCUAACAGAGCUGCACUGCUGUCAAACACACAACUAAACCAUCUCUGCCUGCUGUCUGACACUCACAGCCUGCACAUUGCUCGCUUGGUGGAUAUAGAACAUCUGGUUGCGUACCAUAGCUUAGCAAGGGUUUAAAGACUUGUCACACACUUUGGAUCUAUAGGAAAGUCCACAGAUGCCGGGAUAGAGGGAAUAUCCCUGACAGAUUCGCUCCGCAAGAUGUCUGUGAUAGCAGUUACUGUUAACAGUUCCACCACCAGCUAUAACAGCUGCAACACUACGAGCGGUGAUGUACGGAAUGAAUAUGUUGUCCAAUGGAACAUUGCUAUCCUCACGAUUAUUUUUAGCUUUGCCACCUUUGGCAACUGCUUGGUUCUGUUCACUCUCCUGAGACGGAGAAAGCACAAUGCACUCAUGCACACCUUCAUGAUCCAUCUCUGCCUGGCCGACUUGGUGGUGUCCUUCUUUCAGGUCCUUCCACAGCUCAUCUGGGACAUAAUUGACCGGUUUCAGGGGCCAGAUAUCCUCUGCAAAGGGGUCAGAUACCUACAAGUAGUGGGAAUGUUUGCUUCUUCAUAUAUGAUUGUUGCUAUGACUUUUGACAGACACCAAGCAAUCUGUAGACCAAUGAUGACCUUCAAGAAAGGGUCAGCACGAUGGAAUGUUCCUGUCUGUUUGGCAUGGAUAGCCUCUGGCAUUCUUAGUAUCCCACAAAUAUUUAUCUUUGCUAGGACUGAGGUUCAUACCGGAGUUUAUGACUGCUGGGCUUCAUUUGUGGAACCGUGGGGACUCAAAGCUUAUGUUACAUGGAUGACGUUAAUGGUUUUCAUUUUGCCAGCGAUGUUUAUCGCCACAUGCCAAGUCCUGAUUUUCAGGGAGAUCCACCACAGCCUCUACAUGGGAACAGAAAGAUCGCCUGGAUCAAGAAGAAAAGGAAAGUUGAUAGGGGGAAGAAAUGGCAUGCCACCCGUCGCCGAUUCUGGAGUAACUAGUGCUAUGUCCAAAACUGUCCGGAUGACUCUUGUCAUUGUGCUAAUAUAUGUUGUGUGCUGGGCUCCCUUUUUUAUUGCUCAACUUUGGAAUGUCUGGAAUCCAGAAUCCGCUGCUAACAAUGCUGCCAUUAGGAUCCUAAUGAUUUUGGCCAGCUUGAACAGUUGUACCAACCCAUGGAUCUACACUAUCUUCAGCAGCAGUGUCUCUAAAGAUGUGCAGUCCAUCUUAUGCUGGGGAUGCAGGGUGCGAAAACGCAAAAACUCGUUGCCAGAGGAUUCCUGUUUUACCGGCUCUACCUCCUUGCCAAAGGAAUCUCUGUAUUGAAUGGACAAACGUGGUGGCACUGAGGAGCCGGCAGAAGAUACUGCCCUACUAUAAGUGAAGGGAUAAUAUCCCAAGGACCAGAAAUUUAUUAUACGAUCAAGAGACAUAAACUUGUAAGAGCUAGAGGAGGCUUCUUUGCUAAACCCUCAUGCUUCAUUAAUAACUGAGAUAUAGUAGACAAACCUCACCCAACAUGAAAGGACUCUCAACCCAAAAGUGGUCUUCAAGGAUCAUUAGUAAAAGGUAGAUAGGUAGUAUUUUGCAAGGCGGACUUCUGCAGCAUCAAUUGGAGUAACAAGGACAUGCUCUCUAGCUAGAAAGACUUCAAAAUAUUUAUGGUCAUUGUGGAACUCAUAUAAAGUCUUACGUUGGGCAAUCAAUGGCCCUGCUAGUUUUUUGUAAUUGGAAAGGUCGUUAAUGGUAGCCUAUUUUUCUUAAAUAUCCACUUGUGGGAGGAGAUGUGGGGAGGGGGUGAGGGGGGAAUGCAUGUCCUAUUAAAGCAAUCAAAUAUUUUCAUAAACUUACUCAAAGGGGUAAAGAUUUUUCGAAAAUAUUACAGAAUCUUGACUCCAGGUCAACAAGUUAAAAGUAUUCUACUCUUUCCUAUCCAGUGAAGUCACCUAUGUUCCAUGAGACUCAGGAAACCAUACCCAUCCCUUUUUUAAUAAAAUCUCUUUAUUCACCAAUUGACUACAAUGAGAUAAGAAAGUAACGUGUUUAUUCAAGGAUUUACUCUGUGAUAUAAUUUUAAAUCACUUUAAGCUUUCCUUUUUACUUAUUAGCAAAUUUACUCAUGAUGUAAAAUAAUAA